AUGGGGGCGAUCUCGCGGGAGCUGUGCCCGUCCAAGGCUCCUUUCUUUCUGUCUUCCUCAACCAUCACACCCGUGAUGGCGGCCUACAUCCUCAUCCGACCGCGACGCGGUCUGUCACUCCUUUCCAUAAUAGCCAUCUUCGGCUUCGGCGUGAUCUUUGUGCUCUGGUAUGGCAUGAGCUCCGAUAGAAAUUACAUCCACCCGAUCUUGACGCAGCUCAUCCCCGCCGGUCAUUGCGCCUGUCAAACCUCGACCACCUUCCAGUGCUCGACCUGCCUCACCUGUCCCGAGACAGGGCUCCUCCACGACGACAGACACCCCCGGUGGAAGUUCGAUUACGCGCGCGACGGCCGCAAUGAGGCGCUGGAUCAGAUGCAGUGUCGAGCGGCGUUCCCAGGGUUAUUCGAAGACAUUGCGCGCGGCGGGAAUUUCUGGUCCAGUCAUGGGGGUCUCUCCAUCGCGGAACUAGACUCAAUACCGGUGGAGCAAGGGAUGGCGCGCGCAUUCAUUUCCAAUGGGGAGCUCUAUGUUGUUUCAGCGCGGUCCAAGGGCGAGGAUCAUCGGAGGAAAAUUUUGGGGACGUUGAGUUCUAUUCAUCGUGCGCUGGCCGCCGACCCGGAACGAGCUUCACGACGCGAUAUUGAGUUUGUCUUUUCGGUGGAGGACCUGGUAGAGGAUGUGACCAAUGGCGAUUGGCCGGUUUGGGUGUUUUCGCGAACGCCUACGGAGCAGGGGGUCUGGCUCAUGCCUGAUUUUAGUUUCUGGGCUUGGGACAAUCCGAAGAACUAUAUCGGCCCGUACGACCAAGUGGUGGACCGUAUCCAACGCUUUGAUAUCCCGUGGGAAGAGAAAAGGCCCCAGUUGGUGUGGCGGGGGAAGCCUAGCUUUGCGCCGAAAUUGCGACGCGCGUUGAUGGAAGCCGCUAGAGGCAAACCGUGGGGCGAUGUGAAGCAAGUUGAUUGGACGACUGGGGGGAAUGUGCUGAAGAUGGAGGAUCAUUGUUCUUACAUGUUCAUUGCCCAUGUGGAAGGUCGCUCUUAUUCGGCCUCGUUGAAGUAUCGACAGGCCUGUAACUCGGUCAUUGUCGCACACAAGCUUCAAUACAUUCAGCACCACCACUACCUACUGGUAGCGGAUGGGCCCAACCAGAACUAUGUCGAGGUUGAGCGUGAUUUCAGUGAUUUGGCGGAAAAGAUCGAGCCUCUGGUCGAGAACACGGAGCGCGCGCAGCUCAUCGCCAAAAACAGUGUCACGACAUUCCGCCAGCGAUAUCUCACCCCUGCCGCCGAAGCAUGUUACUGGCGGGUCUUGCUAGACGGUUACGCCGGCGUGUGGAACAGCACCGUCCAACAGUGGUCUGAAAAGAUGCACCAUGAACGCGGACUCCGGUACGAGUCCUUUGUGCUUCUGGAGAGCACGAAGAUGUUCAAGUUCGAUGCCUCUGCCAUAGACGAUUGGCAGAGAUGA